AACCCUCUCCGAGAACCCCGGGAGCAGCGCCGGUGUGAAGGAGUGCCGCCACCGCCAUGUCUCACCUGCCGAUGAAACUCCUGCGCAAGAAGAUCGAGAAGCGGAAUCAGAAAUUGCCGCAACGAAACCUAAAGCUACAGGCAGCAGGUGUGAGCAUAUCAGAAGGGCAGAAUGGAGAUGUGCCACAACCAACAGUGGGAGAUGAAAAAGAUAGAAAAUCCUUAAAACCGUCUAUGAAGAUGGGCUUCUCAGGACCCCAAAAUGGAAAUGUGUCUAAAGAAACAGUGGAAAAUGUAAAAAUUAAAAACUCUCCCAAGAAACCUGCUGUUUCAUCCAAUGGGGAAGCAACAACACAAGCUCCUAAUGCAAAAUUGAAAAAGAAGAAGAAGAAAAGGAAAAUGGAGGGUGCUGCCAGGCCUGAUAUAAAAAAGACAAAAACUGAAGACACCGAGGAGACUAAAAAGUGUGACAUCCAGACUCCGGCAGAAGCAGAAACAAGAAUGGAACAGCCAGAUGGUGACGAAGAGGAUAGUGAAUUGCCCAGCCUGCCCCUGGGACUGACGGGUGCUUUUGAAGAUACUUCAUUUACUUCACUGGCUAAUCUUGUCAAUGAAAGCACUCUGAAGUCCAUUAAAGAAAUGGGCUUUACAAAUAUGACUGAAAUUCAGCAUAAAAGUAUCAGACCACUUCUGGAAGGCAGGGAUCUUCUGGCAGCUGCGAAAAUAGGCAGUGGUAAAACGCUCGCGUUUCUCAUCCCUGCAGUUGAACUCAUUGUUAAGUUAAAAUUCAUGCCCAGGAACGGAACAGGAGUUCUUAUUCUCUCCCCCACUAGGGAACUGGCCAUGCAGACGUUUGGUGUGCUGAAGGAGCUAAUGACACACCAUGUUCACACGUAUGGGCUGAUCAUGGGGGGUAGUAACAGAUCUGCGGAAGCACAGAAACUUGCUAACGGGAUCAACAUCGUUGUAGCUACACCAGGCCGCCUCCUGGACCAUAUGCAGAGUACUCCAGGGUUUAUGUAUAAAAACCUACAGUGCCUGGUCAUUGAUGAAGCUGAUCGUAUCUUGGAUGUUGGAUUUGAAGAGGAGUUAAAGCAGAUUAUUAAACUUCUGCCAGUACGCAGACAGACCAUGCUUUUUUCUGCCACUCAAACUCGAAAGGUUGAAGACCUGGCGAGGAUUUCUCUGAAAAAGGAGCCUUUGUGUGGCGGUGUUGAUGAUGAUAAAGCCAAUGCAACUGUGGAUGGUCUUGAGCAGGGCUACGUUGUCUGUCCCUCUGAAAAAAGAUUCCUUCUGCUGUUUACCUUCCUGAAGAAGAACCGAAAGAAGAAACUGAUGGUGUUCUUUUCGUCCUGCAUGUCUGUCAAAUACCACUAUGAGUUGCUGAACUACAUUGACUUGCCUGUCUUGGCCAUUCAUGGGAAUCAGAAGCAAAAUAAGCGAACAACCACGUUUUUUCAGUUCUGCAAUGCAGAUUCGGGGACCUUAUUGUGCACAGACGUGGCUGCGCGGGGACUGGACAUUCCCGAAGUCGAUUGGAUUGUGCAGUACGACCCUCCAGAUGACCCGAAGGAGUAUAUUCAUCGUGUGGGCCGAACAGCCAGGGGCUUGAAUGGAAGAGGGCAUGCCUUGCUCAUUUUGCAUCCAGAAGAAUUGGGUUUCCUGCGUAACUUGAAGCAAUCCAAGGUUCCACUAAGUGAAUUUGAGUUUUCCUGGUCCAAAAUCUCCAAUAUUCAGUCUCAGCUUGAAAAACUUAUUGAAAAGAACUACUUCCUUCAUAAGUCCGCCCAGGAAGCAUACAAGUCAUAUAUUCGGGCAUAUGAUUCUAACUCUCUGAAACAAAUCUUUAAUGUUAAUAAUUUAAAUUUGCCUCAGGUGGCUCUGUCAUUUGGUUUUAAGGUGCCUCCUUUUGUUGAUCUGAACGUGAACAGCAAUGAAGGCAAACAUAAAAAGCGAGGAGGAGGUGGUGGAUUCGGCUACCAGAAAACCAAAAGGGUCGAAAAGUCCAAGAUCUUCAAGAAUAUUAGCAAGAAAUCGUCCGACAGCAGGCAGUUGUCCCACUGAAGACACACCUGCCUUCUC